GGGGCCUUCUGGGUGGCAGCACUUCCCAGAGGGAGACCGAGCUGCAGCCUUGAGCCCUUGGCUGUUGGGGGGUGGGCGGACUGACUCACUUGGCCCCCUCCCCGGGGCCGAUGGGGCAGCUCCCACACCCAUGGGCGCUGGCAGCCUGUCAGGCCCCUGGGUUUCGGAAAAGGAAGCCGCAGCCCCGCGGCGCCUGACCCGAGCUGGCUGAGAAUGCGCUCUGCGCGCCGGGACCCGCUGGCCCCCGGGCCGGGAGGAGAUGUUUAGGCUGCGACCCCCCAGAGCAGGCUCGCUCCCGCGGCCGCCCGCUGGGGCCACCCUGGCCGCGGGCCCGCCGGGACGCCCCUGCUCGCAGAGCCCCUCCCCGGGCCGUGGCGCGUCCCCCGAGUCUCGCAGUAUUUCCUUCCUGCACCUUUAAGAAGACCGUUGCUCCGUGGUGGGAUGGUGUGUUAAAGCCACACAGAGGAAGUUACGCAGCCCGGAUCAGACCGAGAGAUAAAAGCCCCGAUGGUGAUCGUGAGUGAUGGCAAGAGGAUUUAGCCUCGGCAUUAACUUGGAGCGGAGUGCAGGGGGGCAGUGAAACGCCCCGCCAUCUGGCCCGCGCCGCGCCGGGGGGAUGCCCCGGCGCCCCGACGAGCAGCCGCGAAGCCCACCCGGGCCGGGGGCUGCCCGGUGCCCGAGCGCGGGUCCCCUCCGAGCCGCCCAGGGGGCCCCAAAAGUUUGCACUUGUUAGCGGCGACCUCCCGUUCGGCCGGGGCGGGCGAUGCGGGCGGCUGGGGCGGGCCCCUCCCCCGGCCCGCGUCUCCGGGACGGCUGCGGGCGGCCCCCCCGGCGGCCGGAGGGCUCCCCAGCCCCGAUCUGACGGCCGCGGCGGCGGCGGCCACAGCGGCAGCGGGAGCAGCGCGGGGAAGCAGAACCGGCUCGCAGCCCUCGGCCCUCGCCCCACCCAGCGCCAGCCAGACGGGGGAGGCGGAGCGCCGAGGGUGGCGGACCUCGGCCUCCCGGGUCUCCGCUCCGGGAAGCCGCUCCGAGCCGGGGUGUUGUUGCUAACGAGCUCUCUCUCCUCCGUUCUUACAAUGAAAGACGAGCCAGACCCCGGGUACCUGGAUGGAUUGGGAGCUGAAGUCUCAGAAACUUCCUAAUAAGUUGCCCAUGGCUACCAGCCAAGGUCAGCUGGUUCCCAUUAGCGCCUGUCCCCACCAAAGACGAGCCAAAUAAGUUGCUCCCCAGUUAACACCUCAGUCGCUUUUUUUAUGCUCCAGUCCAGCUGCACAAUUGUUGUCACUUUAAGCCCAUAUGAAAAGAAAUCUCUUUUAUGGGUCCAAAAUGCCAAGUCCAAUCCCAUAGAGGGAAUGUGUUUGCAGCAAACAGGUACACCUCCUGAUUUUACUUUAUCUUUACAACGCAGGCCGGAGGGUUGUUUUGCAGUUGUGUUGAGCGCACAUCACACACUCAGGGCCCUUUAAAGACCCGGGUUGAUUGGAAGGACCAAAAUUAAAAGCAAUCUGAUCCGGCCUCACGCCAGAUCCCUGCGGAUUUUCUCCCUAUCCCAUUUCCAUCCACCGUCACAAUUUGAGAGUCUGCCUGAUCUGAUCAGAUUCCCCUCUGGGAGAGGUGUGAUGCCAAGGUUAGGAGGACGCCAAGUUGUGGGCAACUUCUCGAUCUGCCCAUCAGCAGUCUGAGAAACGCUGGCUCUGAGUGUUCCACAUCGGCCUCUUGGAAAAAACAAGUUCCUCGCUGUUUGCAACCUGGCAGAGUCCCUGGGACAUCCGGCCUCCGUCGCCUGGUAGAUGUGGCUUUUCCAUGCUGGGGCGGCGAGGCCCUCCUGACCCAGUUGCCACCUCUCCGGUCCCUCUCUGGGCCUCGCCCCUGGGGACUGCGCCGCCAUGCUGCACCUGCUGGCUCUUUUCCUGCACUGCCUCCCGCUGGCCUCUGGGGACUACGACAUCUGCAAAUCCUGGGUGACCACGGAUGAAGGCCCCACCUGGGAGUUCUAUGCCUGCCAGCCCAAGGUGAUGCGCCUGAAGGACUAUGUCAAGGUGAAGGUGGAGCCCUCUGGCAUCACGUGUGGAGACCCCCCUGAGAGAUUCUGCUCCCACGAGAACCCCUACCUGUGCAGCAACGAGUGUGACGCCUCCAACCCGGACCUGGCUCACCCGCCCCGGCUCAUGUUGGACAGGGAGGAUGAGGGCCUGGCCACCUACUGGCAGAGCGUCCCCUGGAGCCGCUACCCCAGCCCGCUGGAGGCCAACAUCACCCUGUCGUGGAACAAGAGCCUGGAGCUGACGGACGACGUGGUGGUGACGUUCGAGUACGGCCGGCCCACCGCCAUGGUCCUGGAGAAGUCGCUGGACAACGGGCGCACGUGGCAGCCCUACCAGUUCUACGCAGAGGACUGCAUGGAGGCCUUCGGCAUGCCCGCCCGCCGCGCCCGCGACCUGUCGGCAUCGGGUGCCCACCGAGUGCUGUGCACGGAGGAGUACUCGCGCUGGGCCGGCUCCAAGAAGGAGAAGCACGUGCGCUUCGAGGUGCGGGACCGCUUCGCCAUCUUCGCCGGCCCCAACCUGCGCAACAUGGACAACUUGUACACGCGGCUGGAGAGCGCCAAGGGCCUCAAGGAAUUCUUCACCCUCACCGACCUGCGCAUGCGGCUGCUGCGCCCGGCGCUGGGCGGCACGUAUGUGCAGCGGGAGAACCUCUACAAGUACUUCUACGCCAUCUCCAACAUCGAGGUCAUGGGCAGGUGCAAGUGCAACCUGCACGCCAACCUGUGCUCCGUGCGCGAGGGCAGCCUGCAGUGCGAGUGUGAACACAACACCACAGGCCCUGACUGCGGCAAGUGCAAGAGGAGCUUCCGCACACGGUCCUGGCGGGCUGGCUCCUACCUGCCACUGCCCCACGGCUCUCCCAAUGCGUGUGCCGCCGCAGGCUCUGCCGUUGGCAAGUGGAUCAGGCCAUCUACUGCUGCCCCCCUCUGGGCGAGCGCCCCCUGGCCCCAGGUGUCCUCCAGUGCAGAAGCUGCGGGCACCUCCGCCGCUGCCCCCGCCCCCGCCAAGGCCUCCAGACUUUUCCAGCUCAGGCCCAAAUCUCCUCAAGUGAUGCCUAUUGAAGAAUUCGAAGACUGCGAGUGCUACGGCCACUCCAAUCGCUGCAGCUACAUCGACUUCCUGAACGUGGUGACCUGCGUCAGCUGCAAGCACAACACACGAGGCCAGCACUGCCAGCACUGCCGUCUGGGCUACUACCGCAACGGCUCCGCGGAGCUGGACGACGAGAACGUGUGCAUUGAGUGUAACUGCAACCAGAUCGGCUCCGUGCACGACCGGUGCAACGAGACCGGCUUCUGCGAGUGCCGCGAGGGCGCGGCGGGGCCGAAGUGCGACGACUGCCUCCCCACGCACUACUGGCGCCAGGGCUGCUACCCCAACGUGUGCGACGACGACCAGCUGCUGUGCCAGAACGGCGGCACCUGCGUGCAGAACCAGCGCUGCGCCUGCCCGCGCGGCUACACCGGCGUGCGCUGCGAGCAGCCCCGCUGCGACCCCGGCGCCGCCGACGGCGGCCUGGACUGCGACCGCGCGCCCGGGGCCGCCCCGUGCCCCGCCACGCUGCUCGGCUGCCUGCUGCUGCUGCGGCUGGCCACCUGCCUGGACUGCUGAGACCCGCGGAGAAACCCCGGCCGGGGGUGGGGGGAGGCGGUCCGUGCGCCCCGCCGCGCCCUGCGCCCCGCGCCCGGAGAGCCGGGAGCCCGGGGGCCGGCGUCGGAGGCCCGGCGGCCAGAAGGGUGCGGCCCGAGCUGCUCCCAGGUGCUACUCAGCAGAGUCCUCCCGCCCCGUCCCCCCCGAAGUGGCACCUGCCCCCGCCCCGGCGCUGCAGCAGGGGAUGCUGUGUGGUCGCGGCCCCAGCGGCCCGCGAUUUCGGUCUUAGUUUUUCUUUUAUAUUACCCACCGACCCUUUCCUUUUUUUUUUUUUUUAGCUGGCGGUGAGACAGGGGCGUGGGAGAAGCUGCUCAUCCCAACAGCCCCAGGUCCUGCCUCCUGCCUCCCUCUCCCCCCCACCCCCCCCACACACACACACGACUGUUGCAGACACCCCCUGCGCCUGUCCCUGGCUCACCAUCAGCCAGCGGACCCGAAAAUCCAGUUGCCUACACCUCUAGUCGCUGACUUGAUUCUCUUUUCUAUUCUUUGUUUUCCCUUACAACCCACCAGACCCCAGGCCUUUCCAGAGGCCUGGUGACCAAGGAGCUCGCUGUCUGGGGGAAGGGAGUUAGGAAGGAGGGUUGGGAGGGCUGGAAACUUACUUUUGUAGAGAACUAUUUUUGUUUGUAUUAACCGCCCCUAUAAGGAGGGACAAAGAGCGGGGACGCUGGACACCACGGGGGUGGUUGAUGGUGUAUAAUCUGACAGUAAAGAAUCUGCUCACUGCU